AUGAACAUUGUACGAAAUAAUCAACUCGCAUUUAAACAAAAGCCUUAUUCAAUAUUCAUUAUUUAUUCUCUGGUAUACUGUUUCAUAAUAACAGCAUUAUCGAGCAGCAGCACCGCCACCAGCAGUAGCAGUUUAGUCAUCCAUGAAGAGAAACUGUUACGUCAAUUUGUAAGUUUCAUUCAAUCUACAUCGCAUAACUCCAAUGCGUGUUCAAUAAAUCCACGUAAAUCGAAUUCGCUAUCCAAUACUAUCAAUUUAAAUGAAACAUUCCAUCCAAUAUUUCAUAGUGUCAUAACUCAAAAGAGUUUAACAAAAAAUUUCUUACAUGAUAUAUAUAAAUGUAUUGAAAUUGUGAGAACUUUUAAUCGUUGGUAUUAUCAAUCUACUCCAGAGAAUUCGAUAACACCACCGUCUGUACAACAUUCCAAAGCAAAAUUAGAAGAAUACUUGAUCAAUUUACUACAUUUAAGUAGACCAGUUAGAAUUCAUAAUGCUGAAUCACUUAUCAUGAGGAAUUUAAACCUUAAACCUGCUAAUAAUGGAACUACUACCAGUCGAUAUGAUCAAAUUGGUUUUUUAAAUUAUAAUCAUUCUAACCUAUUGGGUAUUGGUUAUUGCCGUAAUAGUCUAUUAAUAGCUUAUGUAAAUAAUUAUACGUCUACUCGUAUCAGUAAUAGUAAUGCUUAUCCUGUACAUUUAAACGAAAUUUGCAGCCAAUUUCGAACCAGUAUUCAAGCAUUCAAUAAUCAUGAGGAUACAAUUAGUUUUAGUGAUUUUCAAUAUGGGAAAUUUUCAUCCUUUUGGGCACCAGUUAAAUGUGAUAGUAACUCAUUUAUGCCAAUUGUAUUAAGAUAUUUUAUAUAUACCACAGAAAUGAGCUUAUUUUUCGAAUUCGACUUAAAAGACUUCGUUAUUGAUCAGUGUGCAUUGGAUAUGAAUCGAUGCAGAGCGACAACACGGUGCGUUUACAAACGAUAUUACUCAACUCCCUUCAGUAUGGAUAAUUAUAUUUGUGAGUGUGCUCCAGGAUAUUAUAUUGACAAUAUCGAGAAUGGUUAUUCUGCUCCAUUGAUUGAGGCUAAAAUUCAAGCAGCUUUAGCCAGUAAUGAAGCUGAUCCACCAAGAUUUUAUUGUCGACCAUGUCCACCUGGCUGCUCAGAGUGUAAAGCGAAUAAACUUUGUAGUGCACAAUUUGAUUACAAUCUACUUCGAGCUAUUCCAUUAGCUUUUCAAAGUUUUUGUAUUACAAUUUGUCUACUAUUUGGUAUGGCAAUGUUUAAAAUUCGUAGAGCACGAGUAGUUAAAAGUGCUAAUCUUGUGCUCAUGGAAAUAAUGCUUGUAGGAGCGAUUCUCUUGUAUUCAACAAUUGUCGUUAUGUACUUUCCAGUUACUGAUAUUUCAUGCCUUAUUCUUCCAUGGUUUCGUGAAGUUGGCUUCUCUGUUAUGUAUGGUGUAUUAAUUGUAAAAAUUUACAGAGUUUUAUCUGGUUUCCAGUCACGUAAAGCGCAUCGUGUUCACGUGAGAGACAAAGAUAUUCUUAAGUAUUUAGGCUUAUUUAUCAUAAUAACAUUCACAUAUAUGAUUGCAUGGACUGCAAUCAAUUUGGAUUAUAUUAGUUCUAGUCCAUGGGUUGGAGAAGAUCAUACAGUUAUUAAAGGAAGCAUGAAACCACAAUCAUCACUAUCAUCAUCAUCAUCGUCUACAUCAUCUGUCAGUAUGAAACAAGAAGGUUUUAUCAAAGUACCAAAACAGAAUAACAGAAGUCAUUUUGAAGAGUUGAAUUCAAAUAAUAAUUGGGAUAUUAGUAAUAAUUAUAAUAAUAAUGGUAAUGAUAAUAAUAAUAAUAAUCGGAAUGGAAGUUUACAAAAUCAUGCGUAUUUGGAUAAUUCAGAUGAUUCAGUGGAUAUUAUCACUUUUGAAGUUUGUCGUGCCAUGUCAUGGGAUGUUGUCGUGGAAUUGGCUGAAUUCAUUAUUCUGGCAAUCAGUAUUCAUUAUUGUCGAUUAGUUCGCACAGCUCCAACAGAAUACAAUGAAACUCAAUAUAUUAGUGUAGCAUUAAUCAUUGAAAUGACAGUUUCUGGUUUAUUACAUUUACUAAGGCAUUUUAUUUGGUACAGUGUUCAUCCUGAUUAUAUAUUCCUGUUGUAUUUCGCUAGAUCGCAUAUUACAAUAACAGUGAACCUUUUGUUAAUUUUUGUACCAAAGGUUACAUUUUUAUGUCGUUCAUCAAAAAGUCUAUACAAUACAAGUCGUUCACGGGGUACCCCUGGAGGUGUUUUUUCUACAGAUCCACACUUAGCCACAGCUGGAAAGUUGAAUCUUGUAUCAAAUGGUGAUUUAGACAUUGCUGAUGUGAAUUUAGCCGAUAUGGAUCCAGAAGUGAUACGGCGUGAACUCAAACGUCUCUAUACACAGAUUGAAUUAUACAAAACUAAGGCAAUGAGAAAGGAUAAUCCUCAUAUUAGUAAACGUAGAGGUGGGAGGAAACAACGUCGGUUUUCACUACAACCAUUUCAUAAACGGCAUCAUGGACAAACAUCAUCUGUUCUGAGUGGUAAUGUCCCACUAGUUGGAAUACAAUCAGACACAGGAUGUUGUUGUAAUGAAUGUCAAUCAUCAAAAUUUACCAUACGAUUAUGCCCACAUCAUUGUAGUCGACAUACAAGCGGUGCAAGUCGUACAGGUUGUUCAGCUAGUAGUGGAACAGGAGGAGGAGGAGGUGGUGGUGCUGGCGGUGGUGGUGGUAUGAAUCGUGGAAAUUAUUCAACUGUUCUACACGAUGAAGAAAUCUCCAAACUCUCCGAGGAAUCAACAAACAGUGCUGAUGAUCAUUCAUCACUCGGUAAUCUACUACAAGCUCAACAACAACAACCAACUCAUACACAAUCACCUCAACAAAUACCACAGAGUAAAUUGUCCAGUUCAGUGGAUGCAAAACACACUGAUAAAGAAACAACUGCUGCUGUUGACCACAGUGGAAGUGAUACAAAACCUUCAAAGUCUAAAUCAUCUGGUAAAACAAGAUAA